AUGCGAGACAGCAACGAAUUCCCUGUUGGUCUACGACGAGACUCCUUUCUCUAUGUGGAUCAAGAUGCCUUGCAAUCGUGUGACGCUCCUAGACCAUUCGUCUGGUUAUUAGAACCUGACAAUGAAAACACUGCAAAGCCACUCAAGGUGCAUAUCAACCACAUCGCUCCGACACUUUUUGCGCGUCUCACCCAACGAGAUCUUUCCCCAGAGGCAAACCGUCGGCCGUAUCGCAACACAUCGGAGUUGAAGAUGCUUCAUAAAGCAGCACGUUGGUCGAAGGAUGCUUCAGGGGAGAAGGAUGGGAUUUGGCCUCCGCCUGUGCGCUUCACGUAA